UAGUUGUUCAGCGACCGUCAGCCCGAGAGCACUACAAAAAAGUUUAUAGAGCUUUUGUUUUUGCAAAAUAUUAUUACUAAAGUUUUACAAACAAAAAUAUAUAAUUAUGUGGAAACAAAUGUUUGGUGUUUUGCUUAUUGCCUUGUGCCUGAUGCACUCGGCGGCGGCCAUCAAGUGCUAUCAAUGCAAGUCCCUAACGGAUCCCAACUGCGCCAAGGAGAAGAUCGAUGCUGGCUCCAACGUGCGGCAGGUGGACUGCGAUAAUGCGGCCAGGCCCAAUACCAUGGAACAGCUCCAGCCAGUGACCAAAUGCAACAAGGUGGUCACCAGCGACCGCGCCGGCGUCAUUGUCUCCCGCGACUGCCACUUUGAGUCGAUUGGGCAGAAGGACAACGAGUGCACGGUAACACACAGCCGCCAGGUGGAGAGCUGCUUCACCUGCAAGGGGGAUCUGUGCAAUGCUUCUGGAGCGUCCCGGUUUUUGGCCCUGAGCGCAACGGCUCUGGUGGCGGUAUUCGCCUUGCAGAUGGCGCUGUGAGGGAAAACUCAACAAAUGAGCAAAAACGAAUAAAAAUGCAUUUUCAUGUGCAAACACACAUACA